ACGGUAAACGAUGGCGGCGUAACAAUGGAUGUGGAUAUGGGACUCACUCCAGCACAGAAUGAGGGGCUGACGCCUGGUUUUACUCCAGCACCAACCGACGGCGGAACUUCACACGUGCAGCAAGUGGCUAAUGAUGUGCUUCAAACAGGCGCUGACCCAGGUGGAUUCGAAGAGCGAAAUACCCUAGGAGAAGUCCAGUCCCCAGCGCAUGGCAGCAAGGACUGCGAUUCCAACAAGGCUCCAGAAGAGGCUGACGAAC